UUAUAACUAAGUCUAUUGAGAUAAAUCUACUAUUUCCUUUUAAAAGAAUGUGUGGUUUUAAUUGAGCAAAAAAUAUAAAGUCAAUUUUACAAUGACAAGAUGUCAGGCUGUCAAAUCAUGGUGUAAUAAAUUUACAAUGUUUUCGUCAUAUUCCAUUAUAAAUCCCCUAUUUACUUUUGCAGAUCUUUAAUUUCUACUAAUUGAUCAAAUGUUAUUCUUUGAAAAAAUAUUAGAAGCAUUCUAUAUAAUGUGGCAAGACUCUGCAUGGAGUUACUUGCAUUAUGAAUUCUACGAGUUAAUUGAAUGGGCGAAAUGCGGCGAGGGUAUACUAUCAACAGUACCAACUGUGUUGUGGGCAAUGGGCGCGGCAGCAAUAGCACACCGGCUCCUCACGGCGCUGUUCCGACGGUUCAUGUUCCGGCAGAUUCCUCUUUGGGAGAUCAUGUUACAGAACUUACUGUUCAUCUGGAUGGUGAUAUACAGCCUCCACUUUUGGAUGGUGCUGGUGAAGGUGAUGAAACUACUCGUGGAAUAUUGUUAUAAAGAUGAACACCAAGUGCAAUCAGAAGAACACUUAGAAGGUAGAAAGAUUAUGCAGCAAUGGCUCAUUUGGAUGUGCGGAGUGACACCGCUAGCAGUCUACAUCCAAACAAGGCCCCGACCAGAGCCGCCGCCGCUCAUGAUAUGGAUUACAACAAGCCCCUGGCAACGUCGAGAAAUGGGACCCCAUGGAUAUUACCUAAACCGCCCUUUAUCGUCCCUUCAAUCAACAACAGUCACGGGCGACCGACAGCAAACGACAACUCUACGUCGAGCAUUUAGUGACUCUAAGAUAAUGAUAAAAGAAACUCCUAAGAAGAGAAGAUAUUCAAAAUCCGUUUAAAUAAAAUUGGAAAAUUCAAUAAAUAUAUUAAACAGAAAAUACUCGUUUUAAUUCCAAAUAACUUGAUAAUCACAUUACAUGGAAACUACAUAUUGAGGGAGGAAAAGGGAUUGUUAGUAAUGGAGACAGAAUCCCAUUGCUAGCAAUAUAUCCAUCCAGGUCAACC